AUGGAGCUGGCAGUGUGUUGCUCAGGCUGUAUUACCUUUAAUUCAUUCCGAAUGGCAGUCCCGUUUUACUUCAAAAUAAUUAUUUUAGCGGCCGUAUUUCAGUAUGGCCAGACUGCUCGGUUAUACACUGAGGAGGACCCGGUGGUUAUCCUAACCAGUGACACUCUGAAGCAGACCUUGUUCAACUCUUCCUCAGCCUGGCUGCUUCAGUUCUACUCUUCGUGGUGUGGACACUGUAUCCAGUACUCACCCACAUGGAAAGCCCUGGCAGGCGACGUGAAAGACUGGUCCCAGGCCAUCCGCAUCGGAGUUCUGGACUGUGCACACGAGAAGAACUUUGACAUAUGUAAAGAGUUUAGCAUCCACUUCUACCCCACAUUUCGGUACUUCAAAGCACACGUCACUACACCUGAUAUCGGAAGGACAUACAGAGGUGCUGAUCGAGAGCUUCAGACAGUAAGACAGCUGAUGGUAAACUUUCUGCAAAACCACACCAGGCAAGACUGGCCUGUUAGCUGCCCCCCACUAGAACCUGCCAGGACUGAGGACAUUCUGUCCUUGAUGGGCCAGAAAUCAGAGCACUAUACUGCAGUUAUCGUAGAGGAUGGAGACUCCUACAUGGGAAGAGAGGUAAUGUUGGACCUCAUGCCGUAUCAGGGUGUGGUAGUGAAGAGGGCCCUGAACUCAGAAAAGCUGCUUAUGGAGAAGCUAGGCAUCAUCACAGUCCCUACAGCCUACCUCUUCCACCCCAAUGGAACACAUGCAGUCAUGGAAGUGCAGAAGAGACUGCGCUUUUUCUACUCCUCCUUCCUUAAACUGCUUCCUGGAGUACAUAGGAAGCAGUCCACUUCAGUUCAGCACCUUGAGCAGGCAGCCAAUAAAGGCCAUAGCUCAAGUGAGGUGUUGAAAGAGUUUGACAAGUCUAAAGUGUAUAUGAUGGACCUAGAGUCUGGCUUGCAUUACCUAUUGAGAGUGGAGCUGGCAACGCACAAGACCUUGGAGGGAGAGGAGCUGAAAACCUUCAAAGACUUUGUCACUGUAGUGGCUAAGUUGUUUCCUGGGCGCCAAUCUGUGGUAAAGCUUUUGGAGACUCUGCUGGAGUGGCUGGUUAGUUUACCACUGGAAAAGAUCCCUUACAAUGCCAUUCUGGAUCUUGCCAACAAUAAUAUGCGGAUCUCUGGGCUGUACCUGAGUGAGCAUGUGCAGUGGGUGGGCUGCCAGGGCAGCAGCGUGGCUCUGAGAGGAUAUCCCUGCUCCCUCUGGACUCUGUUCCACGUGCUCACCGUGCAAGCUGCCAGCCAACCAGACGCUCUUGCCAACACUGCACUGGAGGAUGAUCCAUUGGCAGUGCUUCAAACAAUGCGCCGCUACAUUGGAACUUUUUUCGGCUGCCGUGAGUGUGGCAAGCACUUUGAGCAGAUGGCACAGGAGUCUAUGAGCCAGGUGAAGACACUGGAUGAGGCAGUGCUCUGGCUGUGGAGGAGGCAUAACCAGGUUAAUGUGAGACUAGCAGGCUCAUUGAGUGAAGACCCUAUGUUUCCUAAAACGCAGUGGCCUACUCCUGACCUGUGUCCUGCCUGUCAUGAAGAGCAAGAUGGGCUUCAUGUGUGGAAUGAAGACAUGGUACUCACCUUUCUCAAACAACACUAUGGUGCUGCCAACAUUUCCCCCAAAUACAUCAGUGACAGCCAUCCAAAGCCAGGCCUUCCUGCUCCUAACAAAGCCAUAGCUGCAACCCUGUUCAACGUUCAUGUAAAAGGACUGAAGCCAUCUGCUGAAAGUGCUCCUAAAUAUCAGAAGCAGUCUGACCUCAAUGGAGCAGGUGACGGGGGCUCCGGUGUCCAAAAGGAACUGGGGCCGAGUGUCUCCUUCCUGGGGCUGGGCUUCUCCAGCGUGGACAUGAGCCUCUGUGUACUGCUCUAUGCCUUCUCCUGUGUGUUUCUCAUGCUCAUGUUCUUCUUCUUCCGCGUCCGCUCCAAAAGGUGGAAGAUCAAAAGCCAUCGGCCCUUCGUAUAGCAGACAAACUCUUUUUAGAAACCUGACUGUAAUAUAGAAACCUGCCAGAGUUGAAGGAAACUUUAAUUUAUUCAUUUAUUGUAGUAUGUGCUGUUUUGUGAUGUUUGCUGUGAAGAGACGAUCUCAUGCCAAACUUGAUUUAUGACCGACUCGAAACUCAACCCCAUGUGUCAGGCCUGGUUGUAAGGUUGAAGCCUUGUAAGUGGAGGUUUUUCCCUCUUAUUACAAGUGGAUGAAAUAUUGGAAAGGUAAAAAUAUUUUAUUAAUCAAAAUACAUCUGACUACUAAGGUCAAAGAAGUCUAUUUUUAUGAAAAUACUAUGUAUGACAAGGUUAUUUAUAGAGAUUUUUAAUGAAGCCAAGUGUGCCCCCUGAUUUGUCAGUGGACUAACACGCUCAAAGUAACACUGACCAGAUAUUUGUAUGAGAUAUUUGUACACACAACUUUACCCCAUCAAAUAAACAUUGCCAGCUUAGCUAUUAAACCUUAAAUCACUGCCUUUCAAAGCCCUGUAAUUACACUACAAAAGGAGAAAUUUUGUUUAUGACUUAUCUCUUAAACAGUUCUGAUGGGUAUUCUCACCUACUUGGACCAUUGCAUUGAUGUCUUGGUUAAAAUCCUGCAGUGGACAUGAUCCUCCAGUUAAUUAUGUUUACAUAGUGAAACGUGAUGUGAUUCUCAGAUCUGUGCCACACUGGACCUUCCAGUAGAUAUGAGUAUAAUGUGUGAGCGUUCUGUUUUGUUUUUUUUUUUAAAUUGAUAUCGCACCUUGAGUGGUUUAGUCACAUCGUGUCCUUGCAUUAAUCGUUAUUUCCUCAGGCACUCUCGGUUGAAGCAUUUUUUGAACACUGACACAGUUCACAGUGAUUGAUUUUGGUUUCUGUGCCCUAAUGUUUCCCACCAGGGCAUUUAGAGACAUCAUUGCUUGUGGUGUUUUAACAUUUUUUUUUUUUUUAGCUCUGUCACAGCUACUGUGCAGCUCCUAGUAUAGAGAUAAGCUUGUAAAAUGUUGAUAUAUGAAAUGAUACGCUAUUUCACUGAGAGCACACGUUAAAUUAUUGAUAUGGUAAUGGAUUGUCUCUUAAUGUGUCUCGUAAGGAUCGAGGCUGAUAAAAUUUGUUCUUUUUCUCUUGAAGCGACUGGUAAACAAGAUUCGAGCUGUUUUUUUUUUGUUUGUUUAAAUGAUAUGAUGUAGUGAUGUGCAUUUAGUGUGUUUUAGUGUGAUAAUACAGUAUCAAAAAUCUUUCUUUUAAUAUUUUCAGUGAGUCCAGGAUUCCAAGCCAUUUAACUUGAUACAUGGAAUUUACUACAUCUGUCCGCUAUGAAGAAUAUACUUUUUUUGUGCAGAAUAAACUGGAAGUUUCUUUAUAAAUAUCACAAAUUUCUCAACAUUUCUGCCUAAUUUGACUGUUUAAAUGUGAACAGAGUUAUUGAGAGUGGUUUGAUGUGAAAUGCUCAAUUCUGGAGAAACUUGCUGAGUAAAGACUGUUCACAGUGGUGGUGACAGGAACCAGGUGAGGAGCUUAUACCUUGAAAAUACCCUGGGAGAAAGGUAUUAUGUGAAAUGGUUGAGCAUGUGCUUCGUAAUAUUUUUUUUUUUUCAGAUUUACUACUAUUUUCCCAACACUACAUACAAAACCUUAGAGUUGGUGGUUGUUUUGGAUAGUAAAUUUGAAUUGUAUAGAUCACACCUCCUGGUUCCUGUCACCACCACUGUAAAGAAAAUCUGAGUCACUAAGUUUAUCUACAGUGAACCUUUUCGCAUCCAACUGCUCUGAAUGUUUACAGCUCAGUGAUUGACAGUUUGACAAAUUGGUGGAAUUGCUCUUCACUACUGUUGACAGCAUUCAACAUGUUUUCAUGUGUUUAUCUGUAUAAAUGUGAACUUGUUUGGUUUACCUGUUUUUUUUUUGUUUGUUUUUGUUUUUGUUUUUUGGCUGUUAAAGCAGCUCUGUGAUGAAAUGUACUCAUUUCGAUGAAAAGCCUUAUUAAUUCCUGCUUUUGUGUCAGAAAAAGGCAUGAUCGUAAUGGCACAGAAAAGUGGCCUUUUCAGCUGCUCCAAAAUGACAUUGUACCCUUUUUUUAAAUUGUUAUAUGUUUUCAAUGGUUUAAGGACAGACUAUUUUUACGUGAAGAGUAUUUUCUGGGCUCGUCCUGUACAUAUGUAGCUGUUCUCGUCCUCAGAGAGGAACUGUGGCAUUUUUGUAUGACCAAUAAUGUAACUCGUCUUUGAAAAUAAAAAUGUACAUUGGUAUCAGCCUUGAA